AUGACAGCAGCUAAAAAACGCCACCAGGAGGAAGAAGCAGCAAAACUUCAAAAUUAUGAAGAGCAACGACGAGUUGAACGUGAAAAAAUUGACAGGGAACUGAAGGAGCUGAAAGAAAAACAAGAACUUCGAAAAAAACUACGUAUAGAAGAAGAACAAGAAUUUAAUGAACGACUUCGUCAGCAAGAACAGCUCAGACUAAAGGAAGAGGCGGAUCGAAGAGCAAAACAUGAAGCAGAGGCUCGUAGGCGAGGAGAAGAACGCAGGAGGCGCCUGGAAAGAAUGGGUAAUCUAACAAGGCUUUCUGGUUCAUCUGAAUCUCCGAAUUAUGUGAUACCAAAAAGUCCAGGAGCGAAACAUCUUGGCCAUCUAGAGAUUAAAAAGAAAGAGUUGACCGCUGAAGAGAAAGCUGAAGCUAAAAUCGCAUUUAUGGCAGCAAUACGUGAACGAAAACAAGACCCUACACGUGCAUCAAUGGUUGAUCUUAAAGAAAGAAUAAUGGCCAUACAUAACCAGAUAGUUCGUUGCGAGGCAGAGAAGUAUGACUUAGAAAAAAGACUCGAACUGCAACAAUACGAUCUCAAAGAACUAAGCGAAAGGCAGAAACAAGUAACAAGACAUAAAGCGAUAGCUAAAGGUUUAGACCCUCACGACGAAAUGUAUCCAAAAUAUCCGCCAAAAAUCAGCGUUGCCUCAAAAUUCGACAGACAAGCUGAGCGGCGCCCAUUCAAAGAAAUACGAGAAAUUUACGAAAAUCCUACCGUAGAAAAACCCUUGUCGCUGGCAAGAGGAACGGCCCGACCUCCACCGGAAUGGGGCCGCAAAGCCAAUGAAGAAUUAGAAGUGAUCCGAAAAAAUCUCGACCAACCGAGAUAUGUAGAAGUUGUGAAAAUUGAAGGUGCACGGCCUCCAGUAGAUCCAAUUCCGUUUUCUCUUCCACAGGAUGAAAAUUAA